GAAUGGGACUAAAUUGAAACCCAAGAAACAAUUAAACUAAAAACUCUUUUAGGGGUUUUAACCUUCUUUCUAGGUUUUCUUCCCAAGUAAUUAGCCUUCGUCAUUCUUCUAUAUCUACUCUCUCUCCCCUUCUCCAUAGUCUUUAUUACCGAAUCGGCAGUACCAAUUUUCGGUUAAAUUCGCCCCCUAAUUAACCCCUUAAUCAUCUUUCUCUCUACAUGGCUGUUUCAGUACCAAUUUGUAUAUCAUCAUUUCUCUAAUUCUCUUCUCGCAUUCUUAUAACCAAAAAUAUGUUUGAAAGAUGGGUUCAGCCGCUCCUAUUAGGUUAUCUUGGUCCAUACAUCAAAGAUUUCCAAAGAGAACAACUCAAGAUCGGAUUAUGGAACGAAGAAGUAGUGUUGGAUAAUGUGGAGCUGGUUCUUGAAGCUUUUGAUCACCUACAGUUGCCUUUUGCUAUAAAACGAGGUCGCGUUGGGAGGUUAAGCAUAAAAAUUCCUUGGAAGAAGCUUGGUUUGUCGCCCAUCAUAAUUGUUCUAGAAGAUGUCUUCAUUCAAGCUGGCCAAAGAGAUGAGCAUGAGUGGAAUCCAGAUUUAGUCGAAAGAAGAGACAUCGCAGGCAAAAAGGCCAAACUUACUGCUGCGGAGCUAGCAAAAUUUUCUAGACGCGUAUGCGAAAAUCAGACCGGACAAGCAUUUGUUUCUUACAUUACUGCCAAGCUUCUUGAUAAUGUCCAAGUCUCCAUCAGAAAUUUUCGUGUCACUUAUACUGAUCAGCAGAUUGGCUCGGCACCAUAUACGUUUGGUAUAAGGUUUUCAAGUCUGACGACAGUGAAGCACAGUUCUAUCUGGACAUCCGUCAGAAGUCGAGGUGAUCGGGUGAGCAAGAUGUUGGAGAUAUCAGGCUUGGGAAUUUAUUAUAGCACAUCUGAGGGACCUUCGAAUUCAAUGGGUAUUGAAGAUGCCGCUGAGUACCAAUUGUUCAGUGAUGCGAGAGUGGGAAGUGAUACGAAUGAUUAUAUAGUGGCCCCAUUUGAUGUUUCUGUGUCUUUUGUGGUGAACAGGUCUGAGAAGCUUGAGAGUGAUGUUCCACAAUAUUCUAUUGGUGCUGAGAUAACUUCUCUGGUGCUGCAAAUGAAUGAAGUUCAGCUCAAGCAAAUCUUUAUUCUUUGGGAUUAUUUAUGCACAUCUGAAGUGAGGGAGAGGUAUUGGCGUUAUCGACCAUCAUUUGAUUCUUUAUCAAGAAAACCAAAGGGUUGGCAAAGGAUGUGGUGGCACUACGCCCAAGAAUCCAUCUUAUCCGAUGUUCGUAGAAAGUUAAAGAAGACUUCCUGGAAACAUCUUGGGUGGCGAAUGAGCUACCGACGAAAGUAUGUGAGCUUAUACAAAAGAAAACUGGACUUUCUCCAUCAAAAGCAGACUGUAGAAGAAGACAUACUUAAAGAAUUGGAGCUUAUGGAGAAAGAGACAGAUAUUGACGACAUCUUAGGUUUUAGGUCAAUCGCAGAACGUGAAUUGGAGAAACUGCUGCCGAGCUCUACAGCUUCGAGUGUGGGAGCAAAUGGAUGGAUAAAUUGGUUAUUUCGUGGCAUGCUUGGUUCGGGUGAAACAGCGGAUUCAAGCCAGUUUUCUGGUGCUGUUUCUGAGGAACUUAUCAAGGAUAUAUACGAGGCAGCAGAAUUCGUGCCAGUUCCUACUCUUGAUGUGGGUGUUUCUACAAAAAGCAGAAUCUUAUCUUCAGUCAAGUUCGAAGUUCAUAAAGUCACUGCAACACUAGGCAGCAAGAUCAGCCAGAAGGAAGUCAUACAGAUAAAUUUGGAUGUCGUGGAUAUUGACUGUAAACAUUGGGACGAAUCAUGGACAAUUCAGCUGUUGGUUAAUUCAUUGGGUCUGGUGGACCCAUAUGCUAAGAAAGACAUUCUGCUUCUUGGAAGGGAUGUCUCUGAGCAAAGUAAUUCGAAUGAUAAACUACGGUGUCUCAGGGUUGUAGUUGAUACAUCUCCUAUAAACAAUGACACUGAUCUUUCAUUAAAGGUUGAGCUUCAACCUUUAGAAGUUAUGUACGAUGCUGAGUUUUUAUUGAAUCUCUUGGACUUCCAGUGGUUUUUUGGAUCAUUCCAUUCUCAGCGUGAGAGAGUCCUCAUGUCAUUAAAUGAGCUUGAAAAUGUUAAUGCUCGAGUACUAUCGAAAACUGAAUAUGUUGUCUCCAACCGUAAACAAAUAAUUUGGGAUAUCAGUUUCAGCAGUGUCUCCAUCAAAAUUCCAUGGGAAACAGAUCAUCAUUCCACACAGUAUUUUUUGAGUUUGGACUUGGGAACUCUUAUCUGUGGAUCAAGGAUUCAGAAGGAAACUCUGGCACCAAAGCGGAAGCCCGUACCUGACUAUUUGUCCACAGCUUUCGGGGGCACAACUUCUUCCAGUGAUAGGACAGUGACACCAGUUGACCACCUUCAAGAUCUGUACGAUCACUUCGAAAUUACUUUGACUGGUUUUGAGGUGAAUCUGACGGUACCUGGUUGUUCUAGAGCAGUCUCCAUUGUCGAGAAACUUGAUGCAUCUAUUACGUUGGCAUCAUGCAUUAUACCAAAUGAAUCGACGUUGAAGCAGCUAGAGGUCCAUGUGGUUGUGUCAACACUUGGUGUACAUUUCUCGCCCUCAAUAUAUGGUGCAGCUGUUGGCUUGAUUAAAUCUUUUGAUAUUCUGGCUCCGCAAUCAGAAUCAGAAUCUGUGCCAAGUGCUUUCCAAUUCUCUUUCACGGCUAAUGUUGAGCUUGUUAGCUUGCAUGUACACACCAGUGAUGACGAUAAUGGAGAUGGUAGCCUUCUUCUCGUCUGUGCUCUUGGGGAGUUGGACAUUCAGUAUGCUCUCGAGCAAAUGACAAAAGCAUGUUUUGUCUGCGUCAAAACAUUGAAAAUUGAAACAGGUAAACUGAGCGAUGAAACUAGUGACUUAACAUUAUGCUUAUCCAAGAGUAUAUCUGCUGCUGCACAUCAGCACGGAUUUGUCUCAGAAGCUAACACUCCAAAAAGUGACGGUGGUGAAAGAAGUAGACCUUUGGAUGGAUGCUUUAUUAUGCACUAUCAAGCGGAUGAAGUUUGUCACAAGUUGACGAUGUUCUUUAAUGAAGUUGAUCUCCAUUGCUACCCUAAAGUUAUUGGAUCCCUCCAUCAGUAUUUCGAUAGCUUAUCUCGAUAUGAUUCUUCGUCAUUACCUUAUUCGGGCAAAAGCUUAGCCAAUAGUAAAGAAUCGGGCAAAAGCUUAGCCAAUAGUAAAGAAACAAAAGAUAGAGUACUGAUGUCUGGAUUUUGGCCUGCAAAAUUUGGGUUUUCGAAUUUCUGCGAAUCUGGGUCAACUGAGGCAUGCAUAACUGUGGGUCAGUUUCCCUUCAUAACUAUUGAUAGUUCGGGUUCCCUCGGUAGAAUUGAGCAGUCUCUUAUUCAUGGCAUUUCUGAGUGGAGGAAUAUUUUGAAUGUGAGGGAUAAAAAAUGUGAGAGAAUUGCAAAAAUUAACGUUAGGAAGAGGUCUAAAGUGCCCAGAGUUCCGACAGUGAAAUAUUCAUGGAGCAAUAAUGAUUCCACUUCUGGGAGAAGCAGUGACUCUGCUAUUUGCGUUAUCGAUUUGAACCUCACUGGAAUCGCAAUACACUUCCAUGAUUCAUCCUGUAUUCUGGGAACUCUUUCCGUGCCAGUUUCUAAGUCUUUGAUUGCUUUAAGCAGGACACAUUAUUUGGAUAUGUUAUGUUCUAUUGAGGGGUUACAUCUCUCAUCAUCUUGGUCGUCCCAGUACUUUUACAAGUGGCUAUGGGGUUCAUCUGAACACAAUCUGGCCCCUGUUUUCAAUUUUCGCGUAAGGAUCGAUGGUGCAACGAGGCCCCAAAUUGAAUUGUGUUUCAGCAUUCAACAUGUGCGCCACAUUUUGCCGCCCGAAUAUUUGGCGAUAUUAAUUGGUUAUUUUUCUCUACCUGAUUGGAACAAGAAGGAACCUGUACAAUUUGUUACGGAAAAUGGCAACUGCAAGGAUAUGGACAACAGCCAUGUCGAAAUUAUCUACAAAUUUGAGGUCCUUGACUCCGUAUUGAUUUUACCCGUGGAUGAUGAUGGAGAUCAAACUAUACAUCUUCAACUUGAACAGUUAUAUUGCAGUUUCACUGCAAAGAGCAUAGCAGAGGAUGCUCUGAAGGACAUUCCUCUUGACUGUAUGGUUCAAGCAGAUAAAGUUGCAGAUAUGGUCCACGUCCUCAACAUAUUUGGGCGGGGUGUAUCUUUGUCGUUGGUACCACGUAAGAACGAGGGACACGCUUCUUUGACUGAUUGUCAGAAUACCAGUUGCGGAAAUGUACCCUUAAUUCCAGCAUUUGACGCUGAUCUAUGGAUCAGAAUACCAUGCGGAAAUCAGCCUUCAAAUGGACUUUCUACUCCUACUUCUGUUAUGGUGAAGGUUAGCAACUGGCAAAUUAUUGCUGAAGUUGAUUACUUUCUCUAUGGAAUUGAAGCAAUUGCAAACAUCGUAAAUCAGCUGUCUGCAGUCGGCAGUGAAUCCGAAUAUUUCAAAUCUGAUGUAUUGCAGUUUAUACAGUUGAAGAAGAGUAUAAAAGAAGGAAGCGUAGUUCUAACCAAUGUUUCAAGUCCGACCUUUAUAGAAGUAAAAUGUUGUGUCAAGUUACUCACAGUAAAAUUAUGUCAGUCAAGGGGAGGACAGUCUAAUAACUUGUCAGAGCCUGUUGCCAAGGCAGAUUUACAAUUUAUAUUUUCUGGAAAGUUCAAAGACGACAUACCCUUGAGCAUGGAUAUUUGUCUUUCUAACAUAUCACUAUAUUCAUUUCAUACUUCCGUCAUCUUGCUGCGUUCUAUUGUCUCUUCAGUUUCAUCUGGUUUUGAGAUUCAUCUGUCCAAGUUAAGUAGUGGUGACACUGAGAUUGUAUUUUGUAUACCUUCUCUGGAUAUUUGGUUAAACAUGUCGGAUUGGAGCACAGUCGUAGAUCUUCUUGGUUGCUAUUCUCAGGACCAAAACAACACUGAAGUUAUGGUUGAAUCAUCAGAGAACUCAAAUUUAGGAACACUGGAACUUCCUAAAGAUUCGACUGGAAAUGUAAUUGAGGCUUCUCCUGAGUCACCAACACCAUCGUUACAUUCUAACAAAGAUUUUCGAGAAUCCGGUAAUCUGAUUUUGAAGUCAGAGGAGAUAGACAUAUCACUUCAUUAUCCACUCUCGGUUAGAGAAACAUUUGACAUUUUGAGGGAUCCUGAAGUUCUUGUAGGAGUUACCUUUUCUGGUGCAGAAUGCUGUAAACAUGUAACAGUUACUUUGUGCAGUAGAGAUACGGAAGUGAUUAUAAAUGAAGGCCAUACAAAAGUGACGUCGAAUAUCGAAAAGACAAGAAUUACGCUGGAGACUAUCCAGGGCCAGAAAGUUAUUGCAUGGCCUCUGUUGCAGAUAAAUCAGAUAUAUGUUUCUGCAGAAAUUUGUGAUAAACAAGAGGGGUUUAUUCAUGCCACAGCUGAGGUUCGUAUUGAAUGUUUGGAAGUGUGGUUAUCACAUCAGAUAUUCCAAUUCUGGCAUGAUGUUAAGAUCGAACUUCCUGAAAAAACAUCCUCUCAAUCUUCAACCGGUAUUGUGGAUUUUAAAGUUCAUUUAAGGAAGGCUUCUCUGCUGCUAACUGAUGGGAGGUGGAGUUGUAAUGGUCCUCUCAUGGAGAUGCUUUUGAAAAACUUACUGUUCCAUGUGAGCCUAACUGGUGGCAUCAUGGAAGCUUCAGUUGGAGGAGAUCUUCUUGUGAACUACAACAAUCUUGAAAAGGUGACUUGGGAGCCUUUUAUAGAGCCAUGGUGUUUUCAAUUAGACAUGGCUAGAAAGCAAGAACAAAGUGUGCUUUUAAGUACUUCCGUCAUGACUGAUAUAUACCUGAAGUCUACUGCACAUCUCAACUUCAAUGUCACAGAACAGCUCAUUGAGGUUAUCUUUAGGGUGCAUGACAUGAUCAAAGAUGCUUGGAGUCGGGUUAAGAUAGAUGGUCUUCCUGAGAGUCGCUGGUUUUGUGGGGGUAGUGAAACCACUGAAAAUGCAUACACAAGAAGGUAUGCUCCAUAUAUUCUCCAGAAUGAGACUUCUUUGCCACUGCUGUUUCAUGUGUAUCGAGGACAUGUAAAUUCAGACGAUUUGAACAUGGUGCCUAUGAAAGAAGGAAGUAUUGUGCAACCAGGUUGUUCUGUCCCAAUUUAUAUUGAUGAAACUCCAGAAGAACAAAUAUUUCGUUACAAACCUGCUCAGUCCUCUGACAGGCCAAACGAGAAAAAAUCGAAUUGGGUGGCACAUCAUAUGAUCUCUGUCCAACUUGAUGGAACUUCUGGGUUUUCUGUUCCUAUUUCCAUGGACCUUGUUGGCCGUAGCUACUUUGAAGUAGAUUUUUCGAAAGCAUCAGAAGCGUUUGGAGUAAAUACAGCUGGAGAAGUGUCAAAGUAUGGCGGAAGGGUUGAAGGGAAAAAUAGAAAAACCUCACAUUCUGAAUUUGUUGUUCCCGUGGUGUUUGAUGUUUCCGUUCAGCGUUAUAGCAAGUUGAUACGAUUGUACUCCACUGUAAUACUUCUGAAUGCAACUUCGGUGCCGUUGGAGCUGCGUUUUGACAUUCCAUUCGGUGUAUCACCGAAGGUGCUAGAUCCAAUAUCUCCUGGUGAUGAAUUUCCCUUGCCUCUUCAUUUAGCUGAAGCUGGUAGAAUGAGGUGGCGUCCGGUUGGCAAUAGUUACCUGUGGAGUGAGGCACAUCUUCUUUCCAACAUGCUGUUACAGGAAAAUAGGCUAGGAAUUCCGAGGUCGUUUGUUUGCUAUCCAUCUCAUCCUAGUAAUGACCCAUUCCGCUGCUGCAUAUCGAUUCAAGAUGUCAGCCUUCCUUCAUCUAGUGGGAGGUGCUCAUCUCUUCAGACCAAAGAUUCUGCCAAACAGUCGGUUGCGAACAGUCGAGCAACUCAUUAUGUCACUCUCACUACUCCUUUAUUGGUUAAAAACAAUUUACCAAGUGAUGUCUCUUUCACAAUAGAAACUGGUGGAGUUGCUCGUACUUUACUCCUUUCCGAGGGAGAUGCUGCUUCCAUUUAUCACACAGAUUCUACCCAUGACCUGGGACUCGUGUUCCAUUUGCAUGGGUUCAAGCCUAGCUUUUUUAACUUCCCGCGCGCGGAAACAUUUUCUAGAGGGGCCAAAUUCAGCGAGACGAAGUUCUCUUUAUCAGAAACUCUGACCUUCUAUCCUGAAUCAUCUAAUGAUCCAUUAUAUCUUACUGUGGAGAAGGUGAUGGAUGCAUUCUGUGGUUCCCGAGAACUAAGCAUUUCUGCUCCCUUUCUUCUAUACAACUGCACGGGAUAUCCACUCACUAUUGCAGAGUCUGGUGCUGAAAUGAAAGGAAAUGGCUGCAUUAUUCCUUCCUGUUAUUAUUUGUUUGAUGAGGAUCAAAAUCUAGCAAAAGAAGAUGGUCUCAGUGUGUUUUCUCAGGAGGAUUCACUUACCAACCCUCAAAAUAUUGGUCAUUUUUCAAGUUCUUUCUCAAAAAAUCACACAGUCUCGCUGAGGGAGAAUUUAGACCUGCAUUCGCAGAGGUUUCUGAACAGGAAUUUCAAUUCUGUAGAUUCAUCUGCACAAUUUAUCGAAUAUACAGAGUACCCUGAUUCAGAUUCUCGAGGCACCUGUUUAGAAAAAGUAAACAAUGUACCCAGCAGAAGCAGCCAACUGAAGCUGUCAGCAGGAGGUAACAGGGGUGUGAGUGUAGAUGCUGAUAACAAAAAGGUUAAAGCAUGCAUGUAUUCUCCUCAGUCCAGUUCCUCGGAAGGUGAACUCAUGGUUAAAUUAGCUACGUGCCUACCUGAAUGUGUUACUGAAAGUAAUAGAAGCUCUAUGUGGUCUAGCCCUUUUUUCCUUGUUCCGUCAAGUGGUUCAACGAUAGUGGUUGUUCCUCGAGCAUUUACAUCUAGAGCAUUGAUAAUAUCUGUAACAUCGAGUCUCGUAGCAGGCCCGUUUUCUAGUAGGACAAGGGCCAUUACUUUCCAGCCCAGAUAUGUCAUCAGUAAUGCCUGUAGCAAGGAUUUAUAUUACAAGCAAAAGGGAACUGACUACAUUUUCCACCUAGGCAUUGGUCAACAUGCGCACCUACACUGGUCUGAUACGAAAAGGGAUAUGCUGGUUUCUCUUCGUUUUGAUGAACCUGGAUGCCUAUGGUCAGGCAGUUUCACUCCUGAUCAUCUUGGGGAUACACAAGUGAAAAUGCGAAAUUAUGUCAAUGGUGCCCUAAACAUGAUACGGGUUGAAGUGCAGAAUGCUGAUGUUUCCAUUAAAGAGGAUAGGAUUGUUGGCAGUUCCCGCGGAGAUUCAGGGACAAACUUGAUUCUUCUAUCUGACGACAAUACAGGCUUUAUGCCUUACAGAAUUCACAAUUUUUCAAAGGAGAGGCUACGUAUAUACCAACAAAAAUGUGAAGCGUUUGAAACGACUGUUCAUUCGUACACAUCUUGCGGUUAUGCUUGGGAUGAACCUUGCUUUCCUCAUCGUCUAGUUGUUGAGGUUCCUGGAGAACGCAUUUUGGGGGCAUAUUCUCUCGAUGACAUUAAGGAGCAAAUGCCCGUGUACUUACCAUCAACAUCUGAGAAUCCUGGAAAAAGGCUACUUGUCUCCACCCAUGCUGAAGGAGCAGUUAAGGUUCUUAGCAUCAUUGAUUCAAGUUGUCAUCUUGUGGAUGAUAUGAAGGGAACCUAUUAUCCUGGCUUCAAUGAGAGAAGGAAACUUGAUCAGAAAGAAGAAAAAAUUGAUGACUAUAGUGAAAGGAUAUCGGUUCAUAUAUCAUUUAUCGGAUUUUCCUUGAUCAACUUGUAUCCCCAGGAAUUGCUUUUUGCCUGUGCGAAGGAUACCAAGAUUGACAUACUGCAGAGUGUGGAUCAGCAAAACUUUUCCUUCCAAAUGUCAUCCUUGCAAAUUGAUAACCAGUUGCACAAUACCCCAUAUCCUGUAAUCUUGUCAUUUGAUCGUGAUUAUGGAAGCAACUCAACAGGGUGGAUAAAAAAUAAGGAUAUCAAGGAUGAAAAUGGCGCGCAAGCUUCUACACCUGACAGCUCAUGCGAACCUAUCUUCUACCUAGCCGCUGCAAAGUGGAGAAACAAGGAUAUUUCAUUGGUUUCUUUUGAGUAUAUAAGUCUAAGGUUAGCACCUUUGCAUCUUGAGCUCGAGGAAGAAGUCAUCUUAGGGCUGUUUGAUUUUGUUCGUACAGUUACUUCAAAGCUGCAGAGAAAAACCCCACCUGGCCUAUGUUCCACAAGCUCCUACGGUGCACAUCUUGAUAAAGAAGUAUCCACUGCAUUGGAUUCUGAUAAUUCCAAGAGCCAGAGUCAUUCCGUAAAUGUUUUAAACUUCAUGGAGAGUUCUAGCUGCAGCCCUCCAUUACCUUCAGUAGUUCCAAUCGGAGCUCCUUGGCAGAAAAUCUAUCUCUUAGCAAGAAGACACACAAAAAUAUAUGUUGAAGCAUUUGAUUUGGCGCCAAUCAAGGUGACCUUUAGCUUUUCCAGUGUUCCUUGGAUGCUAAGAAACAACGUUCCUGCUCCAAGCGGGGUUCCAAGUCAUGUCAGUAGCACCGCUUUUCAGAGAGGCCUGAUGGCUCUUGCGGAUGUCGAAGGAGCACCAGUAUAUUUCAAACAAUUAACCAUUGUGCAUCAUAUGGCUAGUUGGGAGUCGUUCCAAGAGAUCCUCGUCAGGCAUUAUUCUCGGCAACUUCUUCACGAAAUGUACAAGGUAUUUGGUUCUGCUGGUGUAAUAGGCAAUCCUAUGGGAUUUGCGAGGAACAUGGGACUUGGCAUCAAAGAUUUCCUAUCAGUACCAGCCAGGGGAAUUUUAAAGAGCCCAUCUGGGAUUUUUACAGGCAUGAGAGAAGGCACCAGAAGCCUUUUCAGUAACACGGUCUACGCGGUUAGCAAUGCUGCAACUCAGUUCAGUAAAUCUGCACACAAGAGUAUUGUUGCAUUAACAUUUGAUGACCAUGCUGUUUCAAAAUCUGAAGAUUGGAAGGGCCUAACAGCACAGAGCAGUGGUUUAUUAAAUGAGUUCUUAGAGGGACUUACUGGAUUCCUCCAGUCACCUAUCAGAGGAGCAGAGAAACAUGGUCUUCCAGGAGUCCUGUCGGGCAUAGCUUUAGGAACUGCAGGACUUGUGGCUAGACCUGUGGCCAGCAUUCUUGAUGUAACUGGAAGAACUGCACAAAGCAUCAGAAAUAGAAGCAGUCUUCACCAACCCCACCGUCUUCGUGUCCGUUUCCCUAGGCCUCUGGGUAAAUAUCUCCCGCUACGACCCUACUCUUGGGAAGAAGCAAUUGGAGCAUCAGUGCUUAUGAACGUCGAUAAUGCCAAACUCAAAGACGAGCAGUUUGUCAUGUGCAAAGCACUUAGGCAGCCAGGGGAUUUUGUCAUCGUCACUGAAAGACAUGUCUUUGUUGUUAAGUGUCCUAGUUUGGAAAAUUUCGGAACACCGGAGUUUCAUGGUGUUGCUGCUGAUCCAGACUGGAAGAUUGAAGUGGAGAUGAGCUUGGAAAGUGUGAUUCAUGUGGAUAGAGAAGAUGAGGUAUUGAACAUUGUAGGAGGGAGCAAUUCGGAAACCCCACUGAGGCAACAUAUGCAUAAGAGAGGUAUCAGUACAAGUUUUAGUACUACAAGACCGACAACUAAGCAUGGGAGCCAACAGUGUACUACUCCCCUGCCACUUUUUCAAAUGAGCAUGGCACUGGCUAGUAAGGAAGAAGCUGAGGAUGUUUUACAUGUUUUAUUAUCUACUAUCGAAUCAGGCAAACUUAGAGGUUUGGAGGUGCAUGUUUUGCAUCGAAGCAACCUCAGGUGAAGUUCCAUGUAGUGCAAUAGAACACUUGUUACGAAAAAGUGGUAUAAAAAAUUAGUUUCUUUUUCUGUACAUAGUUAUAUAUACCCAGAUUCAGGUGGUAUUUCUAUGUGUACACACACACACGAUGACUCUAUGCUGUACAUUUAUAUUUAAAGAUGAAUGACUACAGACCCGUUCUACGUA